AUGCUCGAGUGGUUGACGGUGGACGAAAGCCUGGGCGCGGAGGCACGGCUGCGACUGGUGCCGGACGACGAGGUGAUCCUGGUGGCGCGGGUGACGCCGGCCGGGGGCACGGUGCCCGCCUACCGCGAGGCCCGCCCCGAGAACGAGUACAUGCUGCAGGUGCGCUCCGACGGCGUCAUCGUCGGCUCGGACAGCAGGAUAAGCAUCUGUGCCGGCUACCUGCCCAGCGAGGUGGCACAGAAGUCGGUGCACACGUUCCUGCACCAGGACGACCAGAUGUGGGCGGCCGUGCGACAGGGGCUCAUGUUCCUGUUUCCGCAAGACUUCGACAGCGUUACCGUUCGUCUUAUCUCGAGUACCAACGAGAUCACCUAUAUGCACGUGAAGGGCGAUAUGAGUGAACAAAGCCAGGCCGCGCUACCUCCAGGCCACUUCUGCACGCGCCAGGUCAUCAUCAGCUCUGAAGAGGCGCGCCGCUAUCGGCUCGAGGAGAUGAACCACCUGCAGCAGUUCCUGCGCGACGUCCUUCUGGGAAAGCACCCUCGGGAGCAGGUGCAUGCCAUGCUGCAGGCAAUCAUGGGCCCGAUGAUGGGCCAGCUGAACACCUUGGUGGACGGCCCCACGCAGCUGAGCGAGCCAUUCUCGCAGGAGUUUAACAUCUGCAUAUUCCAAACGCUGGCCGACUUCAGCCGUAGCGUGCUGCCGGCGCCGGACGUGGCGGCGGCGGCGGCGCCACCGCCGCUCAAUUGGAGCGCUCCGGGCGCUGGCGGUGUCACCAUCACCGAGCUGGCGUCCGAGCCGUCGUCGUCGUCGCCGCCGCCUCCUCCUCCGCCGCCGCAGUCGCUGCCUCCUCCACCGCCGCCACCGCCGCCGCCGCCCGCGUCUAGCGCCGCCUGCCCGGACAUGACGCUGCCUAGUCAUAAUAGCGGCGCACUGGCACCGCUGUGCGUGGACACGUAUUCGGACAGUGAUCUGCACAGCCUGCUGAGCGACUGCAGCGAACAUUGGCCCGAUCCGGCGGCCGGCGGGCCCAGUCCGGCCACCAGCGAGUUCAGUAGCGCCACCUAUCCGUCGCCGGGCUCGCUGGUGGCGCCGCCCCGCGACCAGACCAAUGAACUCGGUUCCGCUCAGUACAACGCAUGCGGCGCGUUUGCCGGCGCGUCGUCCGCUCAGUGUUAUGCGUCGCCGCCCGCGCCGCCGGCGCCCGGACCGGCGCCCAACGGGCAGACAGUUUCGCCACCGUACGGCCACCCGGUGCGGCAGUCGUGCCAGUUUCAGCCGGCGGCGGCGCCACUGUCGAUGCCGUUCCAGCAGGACGUGUUCAUGCACCCAGCGCCGCCGCAGCAGUCAUAUUUGCCAGAUUAUCCGCUACAUUCUCAAGAGGUAUUACUUAAUAGGCAUUACAUGGCACAGCAGCCGACGAUGGAGGUGACACCGCAGAUGGCGGGGGCCGACCUGUCGCUGGAGCUGCCCUGCGACCUGCCGCUGCUGCUCACGCCGCCCACCUCGUCCAACCCGCAGGCGUCCGGCGACGACGCUCUCAUGAGCUGGAGUCAAGGCUGAGGAGGCCGCCGACGCCGCGCGCUGUGAUGGCCUGAGGCGGGGGAGGGCGCUGCGGGCGGCUGCCGGGCGACCCUGCCACCUGUCAGGGCCUGCUGCCGGCCGGCGGCCUCGAAAGGCCGCGGGAAUGGGGCAGCGUGUCGUUCUUGUACUUGCCACAGAUGGAAAGUGAUCUGCUGUUUUUGGACUCUGAGAUCUGCCUGAUUUCGACGCAUGCAGUGCACUGGGCAUCUAAAAUUUGUGCCAGGCAGUAUAGCUCAAUCUACACAAAUCGUGUUUCGUGCGGGCGUUAACGCGUGCCGUGCCACCGCAGAACCUCAUGCUCCCUGGCGCCCCUGUCGAGGAGGGGCCAAACAUGUUGCCAGUUCAUUUUCCUUGCCUGUCGGUAGGAUACUAGAAACACGGUAGACUAAUGACGGCGCGCGUAGGAGUGUGGGCAUCCCCGUGUCGACCAGGUUCCAGUUAAACUUGGCUGGCUUUAAAGUUCGCCGCUAGCGGCCUACUCUUCCUGCGGUACAAAGGUGGUGAGCCACUGUCGAGUUACUCGCGUUAGGUUCGUGAGGCGUGAGAUGCCGGCUGGUCGCGGGUCGGUGCGCCGGUCAAAGCGUCAGACGGCGUCUGUCCGGUAGCGCGUUGUCAGCACAUUGGCACGCUGUCCCAGCGUGGGGUCCGAGUGUGUUCUCCGUAGCCGAUUGCAUGGGGGUGUCGCGGUGGGCUCAAGGCUCGCCCUGUUGUUUCAAGCUCACAAGUAGCUGUAUGCCCAGUGGGCGCUGUUAGAGAAAUUCCAUCCAUCAAACCGCAGAGUUUCAGUGAUAAUGCAAUGUUCGUUGCCUGUGAAGGGAAACUGGUGGGACUUCGUUUCGGGGUGCGUCAUUGCAUCUUCAAAUGCACCGAAUGAGCAAUUUUAGGUAAGUGGGGUCAAGCUGGGUAGCAUCGCAGUGGGUACAUGCGGGAAUUUUAGUUGCCAAUGAGCCAGUUGCAUGUGGCAAACUACAGUGAUACCUCGAAAGCGUUUUACCACGUCCCCUCAACAGAAGAGAAGCAGAAAUUAGCAAACGUUGAAAGGAAAUAAUUUCCUGGGAAUUGGCCGACCGAUUUUAGUCCACACUUACUUGCAUCAAAAUACCUGUGAAAUGGUUAUUUCGGAUCCAAUCUUAGGCUACCCAAGACGUUAGAGUUGGCCACGUCCGGUCUGAAAUGUGCAUGUUCCAUCUCGCGUUGCCGCCAUUGGAGGGGUUUUCUGAGCGGAAUGAGGCUGGCUUGCUGACUGGAUUGAAACGCGGCUAGUGUCUACCGCCAGGCGGCACAGCCAGGGGGGAGGGGGAGGGGGCGGGUGUGUAUGGAGUGGAAGGAUGGGUACCCUGCUGACCGGGACCGCAGGCAGUGUACGGAUGCUGCUCGCUCGGCAAUGGCCGGCACGUGUGUGGAAGCGAGUGUGUUGUAUUCUGUGAUAAGUGCGGGGCACUGAGCACAAAUCAAAAUUCAGCUGGUAUUAAAUCAAACCAUAAGCCUGCUACGUGUGAAUGAAAGCUAAGCAUCCUACGCGAUGGCUUUCAGGAGAAGGCUGCCUGUAGUCCCGUUGGUAGCGCUACGGUUGUCAUCUUCGUCGCCAAAUCCUCCAUGGUACCCCUCUCAUUGAAUAUUUGUAAAAGUCAAGUUGAAGAUGAUAUCAAAACUUUUUACUUCUCUUGGUGGGCUAUUUAAAAUAACCAUCCUGUAAGGAAUAGCAGUGUGCAUCAGUUUGACACGUACGCUCAAGUCAAUACGAAUGCAGGAAAAUCAAAAAUUACUUCGGUGAUGCACCUGAAGUCUUUGAGUCAGUGAUGGGCCGAGCCCGGUAGUGAGUCAGCAUGUCUAGUGAUGUUGGAUGCCACGUGGUGCUUGUGGGUCGUAGGACGUGGUUAAGAAUAGUCGUACAUACUCUCCCCAUCCGAGAGGGGCAAAUGUGAUUUGGAAUGGUCUUAGAUGUGUAAAUCAGCCGCGGAUUCUGU